UUCAAAGAGUGAUAGUCCGUUUGCCAUUAGAAAUUGCUGCAGUACUUAAGUUAAAACCAGCUCUCAUUGCACCAAUUGUUACUACAUAUUGUAAUCAUGACAUUAUUGAUGUGAAAUCAGUUGGAAACAUAGAUUUGAGUGAUUAUGUCUAUGUUGAAGUAAAUUUCACUAAAUGUCUUUAUGCAAUGCUCAUGCAUUCUAAACUUAUACGAAGUGUGAAACAUAAAAUAUCAGCUGAAGCUAAAAGAGAUGAACUAGGAUUCAAAAUUACCUUUGGGUUUCAAAUGUUAAUGAAAACAGCAGCCAAAGAUAUAUUUUGUUCUAAAGAGUUUAUUAAGUAUAAAAACAAUUUAAAAGAGAAUGGAUAUUUCAGAAACAAUAUUGAACAUUCAAAGGAAUAUAAUUAUUUACUAGAAAAAGCAAAGAACUAUUUCUUUGAGAUGGAGUGCCCUGUUAGCACUUAUGUGUCCAACAAUGUGUCAAGCAUAAUGGCGACAGGAGAGUUUUUAAAAUGCAAGGAAUCUUUGAAAGAGCACAAUAAAACUGACAGUAGUCUCAAUGAAGAUAAUGAUGAUUGGUUAAGUAUUGAACCUAGUCAGUUAAAUAAUAUGCUAAAUAAUCGUUAUGGUAACAGUGUGAAAUUCAAUAAUGAUGAUAUUGUAACACCUGAAACUAUAACAACAAAAUUGACAGAUUUUUUAAAACAAUCUUCAGAUUUUGAAGGCGUUGACACUAAAGAAAAGAAUGAUUUAGAAAGCAAAAAUAUUAACUUCGAUGCUAAUGAAUUUAUCAAUUGUUUAGAAAAGAUGAUGGAUUUAGUUUCGGUUGAUAUGCACUCUUCUUCUGAAACCGAUUCCGAUUUUGAAGACAAUCUAACAGAUGCUGAGCUUGAUGAAGAACUUGCUAAUAAACUUAAAUCCUACGACGUAAAUAGAAGUGACGGAAAUAAAGUCAUGUUUAAUUUAACUCAAAGUAUUAAAGAGGAAGGAGUUUCUGGACCUUCUAGUAACUUGCUUUCAAGUAUAGGAAUAAAUAAAACCGAUUUAUUAGACUCUGAUGAUGAUUAAAAACCAUAUUGCAAAUAAUAUAGCAUUUUUUGUUUAAUUACCUUUCAAUUGUUUACAGAUGCCUCCUCGAUUGAACUACGUAAAAUAAUCGGAUUUUUUUUUUAUUAAAAACCGUUCUCCAGUCACGGAUUUCCUGUGGUUCCUUCCCUUGGUGGUGGCCAGCAGGUUAGAAACGCGGGGGGACGCCUGCAUUGCACAGGCUACCGGCUACUACUGCCGUCGGACGGGAUAAGCCUCGUGGUCCCGGCUAAUUCUGUCGGCCCCCCAUUAAGUGGGGGCGUGGGAAGGCGCCUUGGUCUUUUCUAGUACCCGAAGGCGCCGACAACUAUGCGGCAGAGGGAAUACCCGAGGUUUUAGUGGGUUCAAGUCUCGGAGGAGUUUCCUUGUUCUUCUGAAAAAAUCAAUUGAUCAGAGAUCGCAAGUCGCUACGUUGUCCCCACGUAAUAUGUUGGUAAGUUGUUUAAUUCUUUAUUCACAAAUAAUAAGAUACGACAUAAUGAUUUAAAAUCGUUUAUCGUACGUAACGUAAUGUAAUUAUUUUGUUUUAUUAACAAAAACUUACUUUUAUCAAAUAAUAUAGGUAGUUUAUGGCGGAUUUGCGCUAAAUAAAUUCUUUAGUUAGCUUAGCACACAAUUUAUCCGUAAAAAUAGGAUACACUACAAAUAAUGUAGGUACCUAUGUA